AGCCUAGACGUCCGCGACCGCUCGCUCUUUAUAGUUCAUCAUAAAGUCACACUCACUCAAAGUCAGUUGAGCAUUUUGAUUCGACUCGCACGGACGCGCGAAUACCGCGGCCAUCCGUUGAUCGCGUUUCGGCAGCCCUCGAGAUCAUUUGCCAACGGUCAUCUCCUACACACGACGGUGUAAUUGCCCAAACGAAAUGCAACAGUUAUUGCCAUCAAAUGCAGCAUAAUGUACACCAAGUGUCGAACUCAGUGAUGAACUGUGCGGGUUGAGGUGUACGCUGCGUAAAUUGUGAGCUGCACGUGGUUUUCAUUUCCGCGCGUGGUAUCAAUUGCCGCUUUUUGUUUUAUGAAGUGUUUAUUUUCGUGAAAAAGCGUGCCAAUUGGUUGUCGACCAACAGAGGCAGAGGCGAAACACAUGUUCUUACUUGAUGAGAUCAAUCAAGCUUAAUUAACAGCACAACUGCAGCAUCGUCUGUAUCGCUCUCCACAAGAAUAAUAUAGGGCUGUCACACAGUGACGAUGAGGACUGGCACACGCGAACUAAUAGUAACGGAUUGCAGAAGUACAGACAAGGAGAGCAGAAGUUUCUAAGUUGACCCAGGUGGUUUAAAACACCAGAAGAUAUAUUUCUGCGCCACGGUAGUGAGCGGUUUUAAGUUCCUAAGUUCAACCGGUUGGGUGUUGUGAAUUUUGAGCAAAUCAGAUAAGCUGAUGUGAUUAAUACAGCUUAAUUUACUGGCUAUGGUUACGCAUGAAGUGUGAAUGCAUGUGAUGUAAAGUAAACAAAAAAUUAGAAGCAACAGUAAUACGCAAAUAAGUGAUAAGUGGGUGUCGCCAGUCGAGAACUUGUGGAAUGGAAGGGUGUCGGUUUGAAGAUGUUCAAUCGUCAAGUGAAUUUUGUUCGUACCGGGAACCGGCCCGGUUGCAGUCACAGCUGUUCUGUUCGGGUGAUUUGCAGCACCAAGGGGACGACGGGAACAAUCAAAAUGCCAUACAGUUUGCCAUAACCGCUAGCAGCAUGAUGCAGCAGAACGAAACGGUGUUCAGUCACUGUAUCGCUGCGGCAGCGGGGACCUCCACCGAAAGUGGCACCGAGGUUGACCAGCUCAUCAUGAAGAAUGCCGAUUGUGAGAUGAAUAUGACCGCCAAACCGGAUGGAUUCGCAGUCAUGGUGGAAUCGCCCAACACCCGGGUCCGCGUGGCUCUGAGCGUACUUAUCCGGCUGCUGUUACCACUGACACACGGCCUAGCCCGGGGAUGGAACGGACUGCGCGGUUUCCGCCUACUGCAACUGCUGCGAAAGAUACGCGAAAGUCGUGGCCUACUGACGACGCUUUUCGCUUUUGCCGCCAACACCGUGUCGAUGAGCCUGUCCUCGGUUCAAGUUGCUCACCGGAUUGAUCCUCUGUUACGGGUGAUCAAGCUACGCAAGGAUCCAUCCAGGAAUGCUAUUGAACCGGGCAAACAGCCGUUGGCUGCCGGAGGAAAGCUUAGGCAUCACACAAAGGCAAGUUUGCGGGAAAUUCCGGAGAAAUGCGUCGAGUUGGUUGUGCUGGCAGAACCUCCUGCAGGAGUACCAAUCCGCGCGGAUAUCGUUCUGAUUCAUGGUCUGCAUGGAUCGCUGGUCAACACGUGGAAGCAAGGAUUGUGGAACAGCGAAGGCAAAUUGGAGCACUUCGAGAGGCCUCCGAAGCUUCCAAUACGGCCACCAAAGCGACAGCGCCAUUCCCGAGCGAAUCUUUUCGCUCCACCUCACGAAAAUAAGAAACCAAAGUUUGAAGACGAUUCAACCGAAUGGAGCGAUGAGGAGGACCAGUACGAUGAAUCGCGUUCGACAUCGUAUAGAUUUGCAAAGCGGAAGUUUACCUACGAGUGUGGUGAACCGGAGCAGGUCCACUUUGCGGACGACAUGGAGUAUAGUUUUCCAACAUUUAGGUUACGCAUGGAAGAUGAAGAAGGUAAUAAGAUUGCUCAAGGGUACACGGAAAAUAGACACCAUGGCAAGCGGAAAAUGAAGGUGAAAAAGGACGAAUCAUGGUCACCCUGCUGGCCAGGUGAUUGGUUGCCACUGGAUUGUCCAGGAGUACGGGUAAUAGCGAUUAACUAUACGACGGAUCCAUACCUGUGGCGGCCGGUCUGGAUCACCAAGAGAAACCGAUCUUGCCUAGUGGACCGAGCACGCGAGAUGGCCGAUAUGCUCAUAGCCAAGAGGGUGGGCAGAGGGCACCCGAUCGUGUGGGUUGGCCAUUCGAAGGGUGGCAUUUUCAUCAAGCAGAUCAUCGUAGACGCUUGGGAAACUGGUCGACCGGCGGCUGAACCACUUUGGCGAUCGUCGCGUGGGACGUUCUUCUAUUCGGUGCCGCACAGGGGAUCUCCGCUGGCGGAUUUCAAUCUACCCCUGAUAAGGCAAUCGGUCGAGCUAACCGAGAUACAGAAAAACUGUGCCAGCAUCCUGGAAUUGCACCGUCGCUUUGUAGCGCUUUACCAGGGUGGUCACCUCAAGAUCGAUGUGUUCAGCUUCGUCGAAACGGCAAUGACACUCAUGUCGGUUUUAUACCUUCGUAUUGUUGGAAUCGACUCGGCCGAUCCCGGCAUCGGUGAUGUGUGCGGCGUACACCUUGACCAUCGGGAAAUCUGCAAACCUCGCAGCCGUAACUGCAUUCUCUACACCGAGCUGGUCAAGAUGAUCAACAAGGUGAGCUGAAGACAACCUCCACCGACGAACCAACCGACCGACCGUGCGUGAUUAUAUUUGUUCUAGAAUAUUUUCUUGUUGAAACGUUUAAAAAAAGGAAAAUUAUAAUUACGUUAUGCCAAAAUAAGCGAUUUCCUACGGCACUAAAAACCAUGCACGUUUAGGGUACAUACUUAUGCAGUUACCACCACAGACAGUGAAACUUAAAAAAAAAGCAAUACAGUUGACUUUAAUAGACCCUCGGGGAGACCAGUGUACAAUCGGUACCUGAACAGUACCAUCGAAGUUGUUGUGAACAAAUCUGCAAGUGGAAUAAUUAUUAAGUUUUGGUUAGGUUUUCAAUAAAUGCGUAGCCCGAUUUUUAAUUCUAUUAAACCACGAUUCGUAGGUAGUCAUUAUAGACAGUUUGUAGGGUAAAAGCAUCGUUGCGACCGUGUAAGCCAUGUGAUAAAUAGAGAUUAGCAAUAUAAUAAUAAACCACUGUACUGUCGA